GAUGCAGCGAAGCUGCGUGACAGCAGCACGAGGGCUGCAUGAAAGUGCCGAGGCCUCGCUGCACGACUGCAGCCGCAGCUCGGUCUACCAGGUUUCUUUUUUGACAGAACUGUUCACUGCAGCUCCGCAAGCAGAAUAAACCCACACGCAGCCGCUCCCCGCCGGGGCCCGCGCCGCACCGCCAGCAGCCUCUGCCGCCUGCCGCCCCGCCUUCCCUCUUCCUCAAUCAAGCGCCGAGCGGCGGAUCGCGGCGGGGACCGAUCCUCUCGGCGCUACCGUUACCGCCUUCCGCUCCUCCCAUCGGAGUCGAACCCGACUGCCCGUACCCCGGCGGGAGAGGUGGGGCGUGCCCGGUUCUCUCUGUCGCCCGGCUCUUCCGGCGGAGGCGGCUGUCGGGCGCCCGGCGUUCUGUGCUCGUAUUGCACGGUGAGCAGCGAGAGGCUAUGGAGAGCGUCUUUACGCCGCUGGACUGUCUCCUGCCCGCCGGAAAGUUGAAGUUUUGCCUUCUGAUUCUGAACCAGCCUUUCAACAGAAGUCAUUUUCAUUGCCUGUGGAGCAAAGCUGCACUGAGAGCUUGUGCUGAUGGAGGUGCUAAUCGUCUCUACCACAUCACGGAAGGAGAUCAGGACAACUUCUUGCCUGAUUACAUCAGUGGUGACUUCGACUCCAUCCAGCCUGAAGUCAAGGCGUACUACAAGGUUAAGGGAUGUGAGUUAAUUGAGACCAUGGAUCAAGAUUUAACAGACUUCACCAAGUGCCUUCAGAUACUCCAGAAAAAGAUAGAAGAGAAGGGCCUCCAGAUUGAUUUGAUUGUGACUUUGGGUGGACUUGGAGGACGCUUUGACCAAACAAUGGCAUCAGUGGAAACACUUUUUCAUGCAACAAAUAUCACCCCUUUUCCAGUGAUAGUUAUCCAGGAGAGCUCGCUGAUUUAUUUGCUUCAACCGGGCAAACACAAGCUGCAGGUGGACACAGGACUGGAAGGUUCCUGGUGCGGCCUCAUCCCAAUUGGGAGCUCCUGUGACAGCGUGACCACAACUGGUCUCAGGUGGAACCUUGGUAAAUUACAGAAUAUUCCUCUGCUCACUUCUGCUGCACAGUGAAUGCUGUGGCAAGGGACCAGCCAUUUCUCAUCAAAUGUUCUGCCCUUCAGAGUGAUCUGAAGAUCACAUCAGCCUUACAGUAAUGGGGGAAGUCUUUGAAGCUUACAUCAUUCUGUAAAAUGCUGCUACGUGGAUCAAAAUAUGGUGGGCUCUGCGAGGUUGCUGUCCUUUUUUGAGGUUUUGGUUGAUUCCUUUAGAAAGCAAGUUAUUUAUAAUCAGAAUUUUUUUUAGUUUAAUGUCAUAAAUUUCAUCAGUUUUACAAGAUGCUCAUUAGAAAGGGAGUAAUUUUAAAGAUUUGUCUGCUAUCACCAAUGAAAUGGCUUUGUUACUCCUGGAGUUAUGAUUUGUGAAGACUGCUGAAACUAAAUGUCACCUUGUACAAAACAAAAAUAUUUUUGUACUUUUUUAAACAAAGUUUUCCACAUGUUCCUCUUAAAGGAAACAGUUUACCAGUCUGCCUGUCCCAGUUUGAGGGGAACACAGUGGGAGUUAUAUUAGUAGCUCCUAGCUAGGAUGGGGUUGAGAAAUUGGUUUCUUCAUCUGUUUAUGAUUAUGCUGUAACAAACUUCUUCAGGUUAUUAGGAGACAUAGCUAGGUAUGGACUUACUGAGAUUUUUAUUACACAUAAUUCAGUCUUUCUCUCUGGGAGACACCAAAGUAUUGAAAUGCCUGUUGUUUCAUGUUAACAUGGCACCAUCAUCCCAUCUCCCAGUACUUGUUGCUCUCCAUUUCCAAGAGAGAAUCUCAGGCCUUUACAGUCUUCCUUAGUGAUGUGUUAUAGACUAUACUUUGAGUCUCGGUAUUCCUGUUUCUGAUGGGUAGAGAGAGACUUCACAGCAUUGGGAUGGUUAGCUGAUGGAGUGGGAACUCAGGUGCUAUUCUCCUCAGUCCAUUAGGAAACAGAGAAGGAUACUGAGAGGAACAGGAAAACCCACAAGUCUAAGAGGCUCAUGCCAUAAGAAGAAUUUUAAUUUAUUUUUAACGUGGGACAGUUUAUUCAUCAGCACCAGGCCUGCUGGCAACUGAUAGGGUCUGUCUGUGUCAAAGUGAGAAAACCAUUCUAGCCCAGGAAUUGCGAGGGCUCAUUGAGAGUGCAUUAAGCUAGAUUUGAAGGUAUGGGAUAAAACCAGCCUAACUUGAGACUGGAGGUAAUGUUCCAGGGCCGGGAAUGAGCCCAGCUGAAGUGUGUCUACCCUAACACACACAGCAUGGGCAACAAACAAGACGAGCUAAAAGAGUUUGUGAGACUGUAAAACUAUGACUUAGUCACCUCCACCCAAAUGUGGUGGGAUCAUUCUCAUGACUGGAGUGUUGCAAUGGAGAGCUAUAAGCUCUUUAGGAUGGAUAGGCUGGGAAGGAGGGGCAGUGGAUUUGCUCUCUGUAUUAGGGAGCAUUUUGAGGUCGUAGAGCUCAAUACUGGGAAUGAUAAUGUUGAGUCAUUAUGGGUAAGGAUCAGGGGAAGAUGUGACACCCAACCAGUAUGAAGAGACAGUUAAAGUGUUCUGUAAGCAGUUGGCAGAAUUCAUACAAUUGCUGGUCCUUAUUCUCAUGGGGAACACCAACUUACUUGACAUUCACUGGAAAUAGAAUACAGCAGAGAGGAAACAGUCUAGGAUGUUCCUUGACACAGGAACAGGAACUUGGUGACACAGUUGGUAAGAGAGUCUACUAGAGAAAGUACACUAUUUUACCUAAUGUCUGACAAACAGAAAGAACGGCGGGACAUUGUUUGAGUUCUCCAUUCUUGGUGAAAUUAGGAUGGAGGUCAGACUUUAAGUUGUUUAGUACAUUGGUACCCUUGGUACAAGGGUACCUUUAGUACCCUUACUACUUUAGUACUGGUACCCCUGGGAGUCAGUCCUGAUGUACAGAGGGGUCCAGAAAGGCUGGACAUUCUUCAAGAAGGAAAUCUUAAAGGCAUGGGAGCAGGCUAUCCCCCUGUUCCAUAAGAUAAGCCAGCAAAGAAGACGAGCCAGGAUGAACGGGGAACUGAGAAAAUUUACUGUCUUUGGAAGAAGGGUCAGACAUCUUGGGAAGAGUGCAUGAAUGUUACUAGGGUAUGCAGAGGGAAAAUUAGAAAGGCAAAAGCCCAGGAAGAGCUUAAUCUGGUCACCAUUGUUAAAGAUAAUAAAAAAAUGUUUUUACAACUAUAUUACUACCAGCAAGAGGAGGGCCAAGAAGAAUCUCCAUCCUUGAUUGAAUGCAGUGAGGAACAUUACCAGUGAGAAUGAAAAAAAGGCUUUUCAGUGCCUUCUAUUCCAUCCAUAAUAGUCAGACCAGCUAUAUUCAGGGUAUUCAGACAGGAAUAGGGAGCAGAAUAAACCCCCCACCCCCAAUUCAAGAGGAAACAUUUAGCAACCUGCUGUUCCACUUGGACUUUCACGGGGUCAUGGGGCCAGAUGAGAUCCACUUGAGUGUCCUGAGGGAGCUGAUGGAAGUGAUUGCUAAGCCACUUUCCGUCAUUUAUCAACAGUCUUGGCAAGCCAGGGAGGUCCCAGAUAACUAAUGACUUGCUAAUGUGAUGCUUAUCUACAAGAAGGGUUGGAAGGAGGAUCUGGGGACUUAUAAGCCUGUCAACUUGACCUCAGUAUUGGGAAAGGUUAUGAAGUAGAUAAUCUUGAGUAAGAUCAUGUGACAUAUACAGAAUAACCAGAGGAUCAGGCCUAGCCAGCAUGAGUUCAUGAAAGACAGGUCCUUCUUGACCAACCUGAUCUUUUUUUAUCUUUUUAUUACCAGGUGACACAUGUAGUGGAUGGCAGGAAAGCUGUGCAUGUAAUCUACCUAGACUUUAGUAAAGCCUUUGACUGUGUCCCAAAGUAUUCUCUGUGGAAGACGGCAGCCCAUGGCUUGGACAGGUGUACUUGGUAAACAACUGGAUGGAUGGACAGGGACAGAGAGUGGUGGUGAAUGGAGUUAAAUCCAGCUGUUGACCAGUCACUAGUGAUGUUCCUUUAAUGAUGAUCUGGAUUAGGGGAUUGAAUGACCCCUCAGUAAAUCUGGAGACAACACCGAGCUGAGAGAAGUGUUGAUCUGCCUUGAGAGUAGGUAGGCCCUUUGGAAGGAUCUGGAUAGGCUGGAUUGAUGGGCUGAGACCAACAGUAUGAGCUUUAACAAGACCAAGUGUUGGGUGCUGCACUUUGGUCAAAUAACUACAUGCAUCACUGCAGCUUUGGACAGAGUGGCUGGCAAAUUGGAUAGAGGAAAAAGAUCUGGGGUUGUUAGUUGACAGCUUGCUGAACGUGAGCCAGCAGUGCCAAAAAGACCAAUGGAAUCCUGGCUUGUAUCAGAUACAGUGUAGUCAGCAGGAUUAGGGAGGUGAUGGUCCCUCUGUAUUGCACUGGUGAGGCUUCACCUCAAGGACUGUGUUCAGUUCUGGGCCCCUCCACUACAAGAAGGACACUGAGGCUCUGGAUUGUGUCCAGGGAAGGGCAGUGAAACUGGUGAAGAGUCUGGAGCACAGAUCUUAUGAGAAGCAGCUGAGAGAACUGGGAUGUUUAAUGUAGACAAGAGAAGGCUCAGGAGAGACUUUAUUGCUCUCUACAAUUAGAGAGGUUGUUAGUGAGGUUGGGGCUUGCCUCUUUUCCCAGGUAACUAGCAAUAGAACUAGAGGUAAUCAAGGCUUCAAGUUGCACCAGCGGUGGUUCAGGUUACAUAUUAAGAAAAAUUUCUUUGAAAGUAUAAUGAGUUAUUAGGUCAGGCUGUCAAGGGAGGUGGUUGAGUCACCACCAUCCCUGGAGGUUUUCAGGAAAAGGGUAGAUGUGGUGAGUGACAUGCUUUAGUGGUCAUGGUGUUGAUGAGAUGAUGGUUGGAAUAGAUGAUCUUAGUGGUUUUUCCUAGCCUUAAUGAUUCUAUUAUUUAUUUCUCUACAUUAUCAUCACAUAAAAACAAAGGUAAUCAGGCUUUCAAUCAAGGUUUUUAAUGUUUAACACAGAUUUAUGUGUGUGUCUGAGUGUAUCUAGAUUGCUGUGCUGAUUAAAAUAUGCAAAUCCUGUAGUGUAGUCAAACAGCAUCUAAACUACAGGUGCAUUCAUGAGAUUUCAUAGUCUCUGAAUAGAGAAAGACAAGGAUAAAUACCUAAGACAGAAGCUGUAUUGCAAGUUGCAAGUAGGAUACCAGCUGAGAAACAAAUGCACUUGAUUUCUUGAUUGUACUUUUAAUAUAGUGGAAUUCAGUAUUUUUUUAUGUGUCUAUGAGGAUGCAGCAUGCAUUUUGCAUGUUUGUCUUAGUUGAUGCAAGCAAAACAUUCGUUUAUUUUAGCUCUCAUCUUAUAGAGAUGAGAAAGUUUUUUUAUCCAUACUUGUUAUUAUGCAAUACAUUUUCAGAACACAUUAUAAACAUAUUCUUUCCAUCCCCAUAAGGACAUAGAUCUUUUCUCUAUUUAAAUCUGACUUACAGCACAGGAAUCAGAUAAUGCUUUAUCUGAUUUGACUCAUCUGGCUGCUUGCUGACGAAAGCUCCCAUACCUAAUAAAUAAAGAAAAAUCCAAUCAUGCCAGAAUUACCCACCAUUUGUCAUUAGGUCCACAGUGGUGCUUUCACAGAAUUUGAAUUAGGGUAGAAAUCAGCUGCAGUGUUCAUCACAGAAGACAUAUGAGGGCAGUGGUAAACUUUUCUGAGAAAUGGUUCCUUUUCUAGGAAAUUACUGCAGAAUAUAAUUUUGCCUGAUAAUUUAUUCUUCAUGACUAAGGCAUUUAUUAUGCUGUGCAUCAUACCUAUAUACUGGAAAGAUAUAGAUGUAUAUAUAUGUGUUUGUAUGCAAUAUGUGUGUGCUUUCCAGAUAAUUUUCAUGCAAAUUGAUUUUGUUGGGCAGAAAGUGAAAUUGAUGUAAAAUUGUUGCCAUUGAAAAGACUGCUACUGUCUUUUCACUUCAAAAAGCAAUAAUAAAAGCAACAGGAGCAAGACCUUCUUCCUCUGACUGUACAUCUGCUGACUGCUCAUUUCACAGGUGGAAAAACGAGAUCCCAAAUCUUUCUGACUCUGUUUACAUUGUUAAAGUAUAUUCUUUGCUCUGUUUUUUUCACUUCAGUGGGUUUUUGUUGACGUUGGGAGUUGCAGAUGGGACUAACAGAUUACAAAAGCCACGGGGUUUUAUGUGUGUCAUGGCUUUAUGAUUUUUGGUUAUCGGUAUUCCACAUCAUAACAUCAUGUUGUGCACUGGGAGUUAAGGUGUUAAUGCUCCAGUUCCGGGCACCUAUCCCAGAAGGGAAGAGCUACAUACCCCAGAAGACUGUUUGCUGUGUUGUUAUCAUUUCAGCUCAGGGGGAACAGUUACAAGACCUUGGUAGGUCAUCAGACCUACCUUCUUCAUCAGCCUCUCCUCCCUGCUGCUUGUCCCAACCGCAUGCAUCGCUUCAGCAUUACUGUAAGGCCUUCAGCUUUCAGACAAUCUUUCUCUCAUUGUAUUUGAUUUAUUAGCUUUAAUUCUAAUUAUAUUGUAUUAUAGUGUGUUAUCUUGCAUUCUGAUACUAUAUUUAGUAAAUCAGCCUCAGAUUGUUACCACUGUUUUGAAUUAUUCUGAGGUUCCCAGUUUCCCUUUUCCAGAGGAGUGGAUUUGCAAAAUCCCUCCGCCCCUCUAGUCAUUGGACUGGGCCAAGCCAGCCCAUUAAACCAUUGACAAUGUGGUAGGAGAACAUGAAAAAAAAAUUAGUAACUUCUUAAAAAAAAAAAGAAAGAAA